UGGAAAAGAAAGAGAAAGAGAAUAAAAAAGACGAAGGAAGAGAAAGAUAUGUCUUUUAAGGCCACAAAGGAAACUUGUGGCUGAGAAAAGAUUGAAGAUGAUGACGUGGCAGUGGUGGCCGACGAAACGGAUCAAAAACGUAGAAUCCACGAGACCCAACAACAACAAAAACAAGUCUUUCAGAUCUCUUUCUCUAUUUUACUUACACUUACCACUACACUUUCUCUUCUUACAACACCCAAAAACGCACCGUUUCACAGUUUUUAUCUGGGGAAUGGCGGAGCCGAAAGACCAGCGGAUCAAGCUCUUUGGGAGGACGAUUCCUCUGCCUGAGGCGUCGUCAGCAGCUCCCACUGGGUGUUCCGUUGAUGAGAGUGUCGACCAGGAUCUGGGUUGUUCGGGGAAUUCUUCGCCGGAGGAGGAUAAGAACAGAGAUUGUGCGGACGGAGAAGAGAGAGAGUGUGAAAAGGAUAUAUCAGGUGAGAACUCUACUGAGACUAAACAAGAAGAUGGAUCCCUGCCAGUGAGUUCUGAAAGGUUUUUGAAUCAAGAUACAACUGCAGAAAUGAGUGAAAACCAUAAAACACCAUCUGAUGAGAAGGAGAAUACUACUUCAGAAACUUCGAAAACGGAAGAAGAACAUAGUGAGCCUAGUACUUCACAAGAUAAGACUUUGAAGAAACCUGACAAGAUUCUUCCUUGCCCACGUUGUAAUAGUAUGGACACUAAAUUCUGCUACUACAACAACUACAAUGUUAACCAGCCACGGCACUUCUGCAAGAACUGCCAGAGAUACUGGACAGCCGGUGGGACAAUGAGAAAUGUUCCUGUAGGUGCUGGUCGUAGAAAGAAUAAGAACUCAACUAACCACUACCGUCACAUAACUGUGUCCGAAUCACUUCAAAAUGGUCAUACUGAUGUUCCUAACGGCAUCCACCAUCCUGCAUUGAAUACUAAUGGUACCAUACUCACCUUUGGCUCAGACACACCUCUUUGUGAAUCGAUGACUUCUGUUUUAAACAUUGCCGAUAAAACAAGGAGAAAUUGCUCGCAAAAUGGCUUUCAUAAACCAGAAGAGUUACAAAUUCAGCUUACUUGUAGAGGUGGAGAAAAUGGGGAUGCUCAUUCAAAUGGAUCUUCGGUGACAGUUUCAAAUUCAAAGGAUGAGGCAGGCAAAAUUGUGCCACGCAAGGCAGCUGUACCAAAUAAUCAAGGCUUCCCACCUCAAAUGACAUGUUAUCCAGGGGCUCCGUGGCCUUACCCAUGGACUUCAGCUCAGUGGAUCUCUCCGGCUCCCCCGCCUGCAUUCUGUCCUCCAGGCUUUCCAAUGCCAUUCUACCCUGCAGCAGCUUACUGGGGUUGUGCCAUACCUGGCACUUGGAACAUCCCUUGGAUUCCUCAACCAUCUUCUCCAAGAAACCCCAGCUCAGGUCCCAACUCUCCAACUUUGGGUAAGCAUUCAAGAGAUGAGGAGAUGGUAAAACAAAGCAACUCCAGAAAAGAGGAAUCACAUAAAGAAAAUAAUGCUGAGAAAUGCCUUUGGAUUCCAAAAACAUUGAGGAUUGAUGAUCCUGGAGAAGCUGCAAAGAGCUCUAUAUGGAGAACACUGGGGAUUAAGAAUGAUAAGACUGAUUCCAUUGGUGGGGGAGGACUGUUUAAGGCAUUCCAAACAAAAGGUGAUGAAAAGAAUCAUAUAGCUGAAACCUCUCCGGUCUUACAAGCCAAUCCAGCUGCAUUAUCUAGGUCACUCAAUUUCCAGGAGAGCUCAUAAUAGGUAGGUGAUCAACGUGGAAUUGGUUGAAGUAGUGGAAGCUUCUUGGUGGUGUCUGGACUUGUCCCUACAAAUCCACUCAAAUUUUGCGCACAAAAUCAACUGUCUAAGCAGUCGAGCCUAGAGGGACACUGCUUGGUAUUCUCUGAACCUUUCAUAUCUCCAUUAGAAAAGAGAGCUUAGCUGAAGUGGCAACUCUUUUUUUCAAUCAAUUCUGUUUGGUGCCAGUACAAGCGGGCGCUUUUUGUUUUCUGUUAGAUGGUUUGCAAGUUCAUGUACAUAUUUAUAUAUGAAAUACUGAGAGCUAGAUCAGCGUGAGUUUGUGUACCAUAAAUCCCAGGUGUACUAAAAUAAAUUUGGGAAUGAAAUUUAAAUUAUUGGUA